UUUGAACAAAUAUUGUAGGGUCUGGGUUGCAAGAAUGGUGUACUUCAUAACUGAGAGCACCUGUGCACUUUGAGUACUAAGGGAUUAAACUGAGUGGCACCAAGGGCUCUUCUUUCUGUGUAUUACAGAUUAUGAAAUGAGAUAAAAAGGUGAAAUUAUUUCCUAAAAAAAAAAACAGAUUAACUCAGGGGAAGCACAUAGGAACAGUAACAUCCCAAAUUUAUUUAUUAUCAGUUUUAUGCUUUUACUCUGAAUUUUCACUCUAACAUCCAGCCACAAGCAGCUUGCUAUUUUACUGAAUUGAAGGUGUUUCCAGGCAGUAAAAAGCUCUUGAUUCUUGCAACAUCAUGUCCUGAGAGAGAUCUCAGCAAUGACAGCAGAACUCCAGUCCAUGCAAGCAGAGAGAAAAUGAAAUACUUUCCAUAUAUUUACGUUAGCUGUCCUAGCAGCAUGAUUUACUAGCGGACUGAAAAUUUGUUGCUCAUAUCUUUAAGAACCGCAACAAUGCAGCAGACAGCGUGAUUUGUAGCGUUGCAUUUAGACUCCCUCUGGUGGAUUUGUUGAAGAGUUACUCUUCUACUAAAGCAAACACGGAGCUUAAAAAAGAAAAACGGGUUCAAACUACAAAUACCAGCAGCUCUCAGCGCUGUUGAGAAAGGACCCAGGACACACCUCUCAAUUUUAUUCUACGAAUAUUUUUUUCUUCUAUGUGAGCCGAUGGGAAGCAAGGCACUUGGGAACGUUAUCUCUGAAUUAAUUUUUUUUUUGGCUGCUGUUUUUUUUUUUUAUUUGGUGGAUAGCCCUCCCUACCUCGUAGCAGCGUGACAGUGAAAGAAGGACCCAAACCUUUAAUCUUGUUUUGCACUGGAUUUAGCAGGAGACAGUUGCAGAAGCCUGGGAAUUACCAUGGAAAAGAUCCUGAAAACAGAAUUGAAAACUUCAGUUCUGAAGGCCUUUGGGAGCUCGGGAGGAGGAUAUAUUAGCCAAGGCCAAGCUUAUGAAACAGACAGUGGACGAAUAUUUGUUAAAAUCAACCACAAGGCUCAGGCUAGAAAAAUGUUUGAGGGGGAAAUGGCAAGUUUAGAAGCAAUUCAAAAAACCAAUAUUGUGAGAGUGCCUCAGCCUAUUAAAGUAAUUGACCUUCCUGGAGGCGGAGCAAUGUUUGUCAUGGAGUACCUAAAGAUGAAGAACCUCAACAAAUAUUCUUCAAAGCUUGGAGAGCAGAUAGCAGAUCUUCAUCUUUACAACCAGAAACUUGGAGAGAAAUUGAGAAAGGAAGGAAGUACAAUUGGUAAAGGAGCCAGUUACUCUGAAUUUCAGUAUGUGGAUAAGUUUGGAUUCCAUAAGGCCACUUGCUGUGGUUAUAUACCACAGGUGAAUGAAUGGCAGAGUGAUUGGCCUUCUUUCUUUAUUCGUCACAGACUCCAAGCUCAACUGGAUUUGAUUGAAAAAGAUUAUGGAGACAGAGAAGCAAGAGAACUUUGGUCACAGCUAAAGGUAAAGAUUCCUGAAAUGUUUUCUGACGUAGAAAUUGUUCCUGCUCUCCUGCAUGGGGACCUGUGGGCAGGAAAUGUGGCUGAGGAUGACUCCGGGCCGAUUAUCUUUGACCCUGCUUCCUUUUAUGGCCAUUCAGAGUUUGAGCUGGCCAUUGCUGGAAUGUUUGGUGGGUUUAGCAGCUCAUUUUUCUCUGCCUAUCACAGUAAAAUACCCAAAGCUCCAGGGUUUGAGAAACGAAAUAAAUUGUAUCAGCUCUUUAAUUACAUAAACCACUGGAACCAUUUUGGGACAGGGUACAGAGGAUCUACGAUAAAUGUGAUGAGAAAACUUUUAAAGUAACCAGACAGGGACUAAGUAAUUUCUCAAAACUAAGUAAUUAGCAGUUUCUGCUUAUCAGAAGUAACACAAGCUAGGAAUCAGUGUUGAUGAUAAAACACGUGACAAGGCUUAGUACACUUUUGAGCCUCACUAAAUGUUAAAAGUGAUUGCCUAAUGUUUAAUUUACACAGUAAUUUACUAGCACGGAUUCAUAUGAAGAAAAGGACUGCAUUGUUUAUGAAGACUCCACUAGGCUGGGAAGUAGCAUUACAGUCAACCUAACCUUAUUCUGUACAGAGUCUCACUUCCUAGCUGCUGCAUUUCCACAGUUGUUUGCAACUUGCCGCUUCUGUUGCUCUCUCAGCAGCUACAUUACUCCCAGUAACGACUGGGAGUUACUGUUUUGGGACUGGACUGUGGUGCUGGAAGUAAUCACUGGUUUCUUACCUCCCCCCCGCCCCCAUUUGUUUUGCUUUGCUUUAGUUUUCCCUUCUGUCUUUGUUUCUAUCCUUCUACCCAUUUAUGUUUGUCUUUGUUUCUUUCCCAUGUAAGGGUUAUGAUCCAAAAUUUAAGUCAGAUUUUAUGAAUGUGAAAAUAAAAACAUUCUUUUUCAUUUAAAGGUAGGCAGGGCCCUUCGGACUGCAACAGAUGCUAGCAUUCCUACUAUUUAUUUUAAUUUAAUGUAAUUAAAUGUUUUCUUGUGUUUCCCUGAGAAAUUCAGUUGAGUAGUAUUUCUUAAAAAUGAUGUUACUGUAGUUCCUUGGUAAUUAAUUAUAUGGUCAGAAAAUGGAUUGUUACCACUAGUUAGAUAAUAACAUAGCUUUAAUAGUCUGCAUUGUGUGUUAUACUCUGAUAGUAACAAUUAAAUAACUAUGAAAACAUAGCAAACAGUAGGAGGGAUACUUGUUUUCAUAACAAUUAACAGUUUUGCUGUGUUGGUUGGUGCCUGAUGUAUUUUACUUUUAGAAAAUAAUGUACAAUAGGCAAAACUAGUCUGUUCUGCCACUGCUGCUUUAUCGAAGGAACGGUGUCAAACUGGAUGGCUUUAUAAUCUUUUUUAGUAUUCCUAACAUUCUAUUUUUAUAGAAAAUUGUGAGGAUGUGGGGAGAAAACUGUGCAAUAAAGACACUAGCAUACAAUGUGAGUGACAGUACAUUAACAACAUUUUUUUUUUAAUGAAAGUAGUAAAAAAAAAUGAGUAUGGUCCAACAAAUGCGUAAGUGAAUCAGGAAAUUGGAAUGAGAAUGAUAGAACUUGCAUUUUCAGGAUUCAGAUGGUUGUAGUGACUAAUACCCAAAAUGUUAUAUUCAGAAAUAUCAAAUAACUUCAUCUAAGUUUUCAGUGGCUGUGCUAUAAUGAUUUCUUAAAAUUUGUAAUUUAUACUAUUUAGAAAAGAAUUAUCUAAAUAUAAUACACUAUUAUUAGGGUUUGGUUUUUUUUUUUUUUACUUGAUUUUGGGCUACAAUUAGUGGGGUUAUAACACUUGAUACAAUUAUAGCAGUGGAAAAAUAGAGUGAGAAUACAGUUGAAGUUGUAGCUGAUAGCUGGAGGAUUCCAGUCUGACAAAACAAUGAAGUGCUGAGUACUGGCAUUUAUUCAUGUUUGCAAUUCAGGUAUUGCACUGAAAAUACAUAUGAGCUUAAGAUUUAUUGUUGUCCAAUAAAAUACUUGCAUUGCAGAAACUAA